AGUUCGAAAAUCUCACAUGUGCAGUGGUCACUGCAUGGUGUAAAGUAUUAUAGCUUAUAAAAUAAUAUGAAAAAGUUGUUUCAAUAUGUAACUUAUAUAAAAAAAUUAAAUAUAAAACGAUUGUUUCUACUAAGACCUCGACUAGUUUUUCAGUAGCAAAACAUAGAAUUAGCUGAAAGUAAAAUAAUUAAACAGGCUCAAGAGAGACAACUAACCUAGAAAUAUCUUAUGUGAUUUAACUUUUGUAAGCAAUGUUAGCUCCGUGUCAAGAUAUUAUAGAAGAUAUAGAAGAUUUAAUAUCAUCACAAGAUAUUACACCCAAAGAACGUUAUAGUUCCAGAAAGAAUGUCACAUUUCGUCCAAAGCGUAUGCAGUUGCACGAGGAAUUACCACAACCUCCUGUUUUCGACAGUAUUGUGCCAGGAACACAAACGAUUUACGUAAAAACUUGGGGAUGCACUCAUAACAAUUCUGACAGUGAAUAUAUGGCAGGUCAGCUUGCUGCCUAUGGUUACAGAUUGACAGAAGACAAACAUAAAGCAGACUUGUGGCUGUUGAAUUCUUGUACAGUAAAGAGUCCAUCCGAAGAUCAUUUCAGAAACGAAAUCGAAGUUGGAAGGAAACAGGGGAAACAUAUUGUACUUGCCGGAUGUGUACCACAGGGUGCCCCCAAGUCAUCUUUUCUACAAGGGUUAAGCGUAAUCGGCGUACAGCAGAUCGACCGUGUGGUGGAAGUGGUAGAAGAAACAUUGAAAGGAAACACGGUUCGAUUUUUACAGCAGAAAAAAGAAGCUGGGAAAAAAGUUGGCGGUGCUUCGCUGAGGUUGCCGAAAGUCCGAAGAAAUCCCUUAAUAGAAAUUAUAGCCAUUAAUACGGGUUGCUUAAAUCAAUGCACUUACUGCAAAACGAAACAUGCGAGAGGGGAAUUGGGAAGUUAUCCCCCUGAAGAGAUCGUUGAAAGAGCUACGCAAGCGUUCAACGAAGGAGUUUGCGAAUUAUGGCUUACGUCCGAGGACACGGGCACCUAUGGCAGAGAUAUUGGUACAAGUUUGCCAGAAUUGCUGUGGAAAUUGAUCGAGGUGGUGCCUGAUGGUUGUAUGAUUCGCCUUGGAAUGACCAAUCCACCCUACAUUCUAGAACAUCUGGAGGAAAUGAGCAAGAUUUUGAGACACCCGAAAGUCUACAGUUUCCUUCACGUACCGGUACAAACUGGGAGCGACCAAGUAUUGGCAGACAUGAAGCGAGAAUACACUUGCGCCGAUUUUGAAAUGGUCGUAAACUUUCUACGGGAACGUGUUCCAGGAUUAACCAUAGCGACGGAUAUUAUUUGCGGUUUUCCAACGGAAACAGAGCAGGACUUCGAAGAGACGAUGAAGCUUUGCGAAAGACAUAAAUUUCCAAGUUUGUUCAUCAAUCAGUUCUUCCCUCGACCGGGUACACCCGCUGCUCGAAUGCAGAAAGUACCCACGCAAGAUGUAAAGAAGAGAACGAAAAGGUUGUCGGAAUUUUUCCAGUCCUACUUUCCGUACGAUGAUAAUAGAGUUGGUAUUAUUCAAGAUGUGCUGGUCACGGAAAUAUCUCACGAUAAAAAGCACUACGUUGGUCACAAUAAAUCGUACGAACAGAUUUUGGUGCCUUUGAAAGAGGGGUACUUGGGAAAGAUGAUUAAAGUGAAAAUCCUAGAAACAACGAAAUAUUCGAUGAAGGGAGAACCGACAAACGAAGGUAUCUCUCCGUCGGUAAAACAGUGCUUACCUAAAGGAACUGUGUCUGGGAUACCGAUCGAGAUGAAACCGUCUAAAUACAGAAUAGCGGCAAUUCUGACGAUUUUUGUUGCAGUCUUUCUCAGACUGUUAUGGAAGUUUUUAAAUGUUUAAAAUGUACUAUUUGAACUUGUUGCUAGGUAGCAAAUAAAUAUCGAAAUUUUAUAUUAAAA